AUGUACUUCCAAUACCUUGAUUCAAAAGUCAUAAAUAUUGCUUCAGAUAGUUGGGAUGAUUCGUAUGAAUUAUAUACCCGUUUGGAUAAGCUUCUUGGUCUUAAGGGCUCAAUGAUAGAUCAUAAAUGUUCGAUUAAUAAUCCAGUCAGAAUAUCUGACGAUAAGAAAGGACUAAAAGAAAUGCUGGCUGAUUUAUCGGCACCAUCAAAACUUGGAAAACCUAAUGAAUGGCACUUUCCAGAACCUUUUCGUUCUUUGAAGGAGUCACUCCAACUUCUCGAUCAAUAUUAUAAUCAAGUUGAUAAAUUAGCCCUCCAACUAUUUACCCUUCGCAUCCUUAAUUCCAGAACUGAUUACGAACAUGGUACACAUUUAAAAGCUUACGUGAAAGCAGUUCGAAAACAUCAAUAUUCACUUAAUUCUUAG